AUGGUAAUUGACGAACUUGACUCAGUCGGCAUUAAGGAUCUUUCGCCUGGCAAUUCAUCCAGCCGCGAUGAAGUGGAUGGACUUUUGAAAAUGUUUGACGAAAUAAACAAUAAGAAAUUAAAUAUUAUUGUAAUUGGGAUUACUAAUUAUCCCGAAGCGUUGGACCCGGCUUUGGUGCGACCGGGACGGCUAGGACGGAGGAUUGAGGUAGGAUAUCCAACUGAUGAAGAAAUCGAUAAAUUAAUGGAUUAUUUGGAAAAAGAAAUGAAAGGCGAACGCGGAUAUAAGGCCAAAUAUUCGAAAGAAAUAAAAUUUGGUGGCCUCACAUUACCAGCAGGGCAGAUUAACACCGGAUUUACUUUGCGGGAUUUAGAAAAGUUUGUUGGGGUUUGCUUGGCUGCCAAAAGCGGAAAAAAUAUCCAAGAAAUUAUCCCAAGUAGUCAGGAUUACGAAGCAGAAUUAGAAAAGGAAAUGCAAAAACGAAUUAAGGAAACAAAAUUUGUACGCAUCACUCCUAAACCUACUCCCCCCACUAAGGAAAAAGAGGAGGAAAUUUAA